ACAGGGAGACUUCUUAACAGAUCCGAGGCCCAUGAGAGGAGGGCGUAGUUGCAAGCCUACUUCUCCUUACAGGGCCUCCCGGCCCUCACUAGGUCAGAGGGCCCCUGGAGGAAGCAGCUGGCGCCUGGAGGUCCUGGAGGGAAGUGAUGUUCCUGGCCUGGUGCCGCCUGCAGCUGACGACCAAUAUCCGGAACCCUGAGUGAGGAUAGUGCCAGUGGACAGAACGGCCUGCGCCAGAAUGAAGGCACUCAGGGUUAUCCUCCUGGUCUUGCUGAUAAGUGGACAGUCAGCAGGGAGCAGGUGGGCACAAGAAGAAGAUGGUGACGCAGACUUGGGGUCAGAGAGCUACGGCUACGAUGACGACUACGAAGAGGAAGAAGAAGAGGAGACCAACGUGGUCCCGGGAAGCAGGGACAAAGAAUCCCUACAGUGCUACAUCUGCCAGUCGCUACAUAGUGGAGAGAGCUGCAACCAGACACAGAGCUGCUACCACAGCUACAACUUCUGCACCACAUUAGUCUCCCAUGGCAACACUGACAACGGUCUCCUGACCACCUAUUCGAUGUGGUGUACCGAUACCUGCAAACCCUUCACCAAGACUAUGUCAGGCACCCAAGUGAUCAAGACCUGUUGCCAGUCUAAGCUGUGCAAUAUUCCACCCUGGCAGAGCCCCCAAGUCCAGGACUCUCUGGGUGGCAUUGCACGUCCCACUGUGGAUGAUGGAACCAGAGAUCCUCAAGGUGGCAAGGUUGACCCUCCCCCGGUUGUCAAGGUUACCCCUCCUCAGAGUGAUGGGGCUAGCUCGCCCAAGGGUGACAGGGAUGGCCAGCCCCGGGGCAGUGGGGCAGGAUGCCCUCUAGGCUGGCCCAAAUUUGGCAAUACAGUCCUCCUGCUCAGCCUUCUCACUAGCCUACGGGCAUGAGGGGCCUGAAGACCUACCUUUCUCCUACCAGGAUACCCUGACCCCUCCCCCACAACCAGCUUCAGAGAAUAAACUUCAAUUUCUUUGGCAAUCCA